CUGUUCUCUCAGCAAAGGGGAAGGAAGAGAAGAAAGAGGAAACAAAUUUUGUUAUUUAACUGUUCCCACUACACCGGAACUACAGUCAAUCACGCUGCACCACAGUCAUUUCUGUAAAACCAUUUUUUCCAACUGACUAACUGUGCAGAAAGGGACAAAGGUAAUAACAAUAACUGUGAUUUAUUAUUUUAGAAAGUUCUCUCCUGGUUCUAAGUUUAGUCACAUCCACCUUGCAUAUACUAUUCUCCAAAUUUAAAGGUAAAUACAGUAGUUACAGAAAACAAUGUGCACUGUUGCACACUAGAGGGAGCUCUGUCUUUGUCAAUACCUGUCCAGCGGUCAUUAGCCACAUUCCAGUAUUCCAAUCGCAUACGGUUUAGUAGGUUAACGCGAAAAGGAUCAGGUGGUCUGCAGCCCCAGCAGUCAAGCCCUGUCAAGCCCCCAGUGUCCUUGGUACCGGAGGUCAUGGCAUUAGCAGAGAGUCGUGGAGGUCAAGGUGGAGAAACAAACCCUGGACGCUUGAUCAUAAAUGGAGAUGAAGAUGAUGAAGUUACAUCUGAGAUUUUGCUCAGUGUUUUGGUGCAGCAAGGCCAGCUUGGUCUCUGCUUCUACAACAGUGAGAACUGCACUUUACACUACAUGACAGACACGUCUGAUAGCCGUGAGCUCCACCUUCUGGACAGAGUAAUUAAGGAGGUCAGUCCCCAUGUUAUCAUCACCAGUGCCAAGCAGGAGCGAUGCAUGACCCACUUUUUGCAGCAGUUGGGAUCAAACCCAGACUACAGGCCAGAGGUUGUUACUUAUCCAAAUGUGGACUUUGGUCUGGAGGUCAGUAAGCAGAGGCUGCUCGCCGCCCACCUACCCUUUCUCCCUGCUACCAUUUCUGAAAAAGACAAAAUGUCCUACCUCUCCUCCUGCUUGUCCUUCAACUCCCCUCUGAUGCUGAGGACAGUGGGUGCUUUGCUAAAAUGUUUGGACAGGAGGAGAGUGGGAGUAGAACUGGAAGACAGCGGUGUUAGAGUUCCUAUCCUCCAGCUCAACGCCUACACACUGAGAGGUGUCGUCUAUGUUGAUCGAGAUACAUACAGUGUAUUACAGAUCUUCAAGUCUGAACUCCACCCGUCGGUGUAUAAGCUGCACUCAGGAGAAAAGGAAGGACUGAGCCUUUAUGGUAUACUCAACCGCUGCAGGUGCAAAUUUGGCUCCAGAAAGCUACGUCAGUGGUUUCUGCGGCCGACUCAGGACCUGGCAGUGCUGCGGAGGAGACAGGAAGUGAUCAGCUUCUUCACGUGUCCUCAGAACUCGGAUGUCCAGAGCACCCUGCAGUCCUCGCUACGCAACAUCAGAAACAUCCCAACUCUUCUCCACCGGAUGUCACUGUCUCACACCAAAGUGACCGACUGGCAGAGUCUGUACAAGACUGUAUACAGUGCAGUGUGUAUCCGGGACACGGUGCGACACCUGCCUCAGUCCAUUCAGCUCUUUCAUGAGAUCAGUCAGGGCUUCUCUGAAGACCUACAUCAGAUCGCCUCCAUCAUCAGCAGAGUUGUGGAUUUUGAAACCAGCCUCGCCGAGAACCGUUUCACCAUCAAACCAAACGUGGACCCUGCAAUAGACGAGAAGAAGAGGAGGAUGAUGGGAUUGUCCGAUUUCCUCACCGAGAUUGCCAGGAAAGAGCUGGAAUAUCUCGAUGCUCGCGUCCCAUCCUGCUGUGUUAUUUACAUCCCUCUGAUUGGAUUCCUGCUCUCCAUUCCACGUCUGCCCAGUAUGGUAGAGAGAGAGGACUUUGAUAUGUCAGGGCUUGAUUUCAUGUUUCUUUCAGAGGACCGUCUGCACUACCGCAGCCAGAGAACCAAAGAGCUGGACAACCUGUUAGGAGACCUCCACUGUGACAUUAGAGACAUGGAGACAGCAGUGAUGACCCAGCUGCAAAACACAAUCCUGGAGAGGAGUGGCUCCCUCUAUAAGGUCCUGGACCUGGCUGCUGAGCUGGACUGUCUUAUGGCUAUGAGCAGUGCCUCUCAGGAGUACGGCUACACAUCACCCAAGUUCAUCAGCCUCAGGAAGAUAGCGGUCACUCAGGGCAGACAUCCACUGUUGGAGCUGUGCUCUCCAGUCUUUGUGCCCAACUCCUUCCUGAGCUCAGAGUCCCAGGGCCGCGUCAAGAUCAUCACUGGACCAAACUCAUCAGGGAAGAGCAUCUACCUCAAACAAGUGGGUCUGAUUGUGUUCAUGGCUCUGAUUGGUUCAGAUGUGCCAGCAAAGGAGGCUGAGAUUGGUCUGGUGGACGCCAUCUUCACACGCAUGCAGAGCAGAGAGUCUGUGUCUGUGGGUCUCAGCACCUUCAUGAUCGACCUCAACCAGAUGGCCCAGGCUCUCAACAACAGCACUGGCAACUCAUUAGUUCUCAUCGAUGAAUUUGGAAAAGGAACUAACACAGUGGACGGACUGUCUUUGCUGGCUGCAUCGAUUUCUCACUGGCUGAGAAAGUCUCCGGUGGACGUCCCCCACAUCCUGUUGGCCACCAACUUCCACAGUUUGCUGCAGAUGGACCUGCUCCCCUCCUCUGACCUGCUGUCUCUGCUAACUCUGGAGACAGUGGUGGACGGAGACGAGUUAGUGUUUCUGUAUCAACUGAAAGAAGGAAUCUGUCACUCCAGUUAUGCUGCCAACAUCGCCACACUGGCAGGUCUACCAGUUGGUGUUGUGAAGAGAGGAGUGGAGGUGUCAGAACUGUACAGGACAGGAAGAGUCAUCAAGCCUUUGGACAAAGUGUCAUCAGACGAGCAGGCGAACAGGUGCAGGUCUGUGGUGGAAAAGUUUCUAAACCUGGAUUUGGAGGACAAAGCGGUGGACUUGCACCACUUCAUGAAAAAGGAGCUUCUGCCCUCUGGUGGAGACCUGAUGAACCGCACCUGAAGCGUGGCGCUGCUCUGUGGUCAGUGUGUUUCUUCUUGUUUUGUUUUUUUUUUUUCACUGGUCAGCUGGUUAUUGGGAGCUGAGUGUGUUAGAUGUUCGAGGGAAGUUUAACAUGAACAGGACACCACAAAUGUAGAGAAACCACAAAUGUCCUCCAUCUUUUUAUUUUCUCUUGUAGAUGAUGUUCUCACAAAAAUAGCCAAACGUAACCAACCAACAAAAUAACCAAUAAACCACUCACAUCUGG